AGAAGUUGUCCUUGAGAUUUCUAAGAGAGGAACAAUAUGAAAGCUUUUGCAUUCCUGAUGUGUUUGCUGGGCUCCUCACUAGCUGCCCCUGCCCCUGACAGUGGCAGCAAUGAGGAGGGAAUAAUUAGACAUGCUAACACAGCUUUGCAGUUGAUGGAACUCUACAGAAUGUUAGGACAGCUUCGGCAACAGGGUUUUGGUGCUGUUGCAUCACCUGCUCAACAGCCUGCAGUACCAGCAGCUCCAGCAGCUCCUGUUGAUGCCCAACCUCAAGUUUCACCUCAAGGACUAGAGCAGGGUUUGUUUUUCAACCCUGCUCUAUUUGCACCUAGAGGAGAUGGGUCAGACGAGGAAGGAGCACCUCAGUUCCGUGGGUUUUACCCUCCCUACGGCAAUCAGCCUGCUCAGCCGGCUGCUCCAUUGAACUCAGAUGAGGCAGAAGGGGCAGAGGAGGCAGAGGCAGCAAAGGGGGCGGAGGCUGGGGCUGAAGCUGGGCCUGAGCCUACUGGAGGAGCUCCAGCUAUAGAUGCUGGUAUUGCAAAUGAAAUCUUGCCUGUCGAUGUUGCCGUGGAUGUUCCCCCAAUGGACAUUGCUGCUGCUGUUGACCUUGCUCCUGACGUCAUUGCUGCUACUGCUGCCGUUGAUCCAGCCCUCAUCCCCCAGGGACCUUCAGUCACCGUGGAAAUCGACACCAUUAUGGUGGGGCCUGAGGUUGCCGCUGGUGCAGAACAGGUGUUGGUAGCUGAAGCCCCUGGUGCUGGUUUGUCCGUGUAGUAAGUGAGAUGAUCACAAGCCCUGCCCUCAUGCUCCUGACCUAUAAGUUACAUUGUUGACACUGACACUAUACCUCUGUGGUCUGAAUAUUUUAGCAAAGGGACUGGAUUAGACUGAGGGGCUGUCUAAAUGGCUUGCUGAAACAAAAUUAGGCACAUUCCUGUUGUGUUGUGUGUGAAAAUGUUUCUUGACUGAUUAUGUUUACUAAUGACCUUAUUGUAAGAAUUGAGCCAACACUGCUAUGAACAUUAUCACAUGUUUUAUGUUAUCUCUCUGUGCUGUUUUUC